GGAGAGGGAAUCCCCCCUGGCCGGGAAUCUCCGCCGCCCGCACUCUCUUAUUGGUUACCGGCUGCACCAACCCUCCCCGGGAACGUCGGCACAGAGGGACCGCGCAUGCGCUGUUCCCGAUACCCGGAGUUUGGGCUGUAGUAGGUAGGGAGAUUGCGGGGAGCUGAGGCUGGAGCAUCCCGGUAACAGCAUGAGGAGCGGAGCAGGGGGAGAUACGGAUGAUGGCCGGGACUGGGAGUUCCUUGUAUGUAAGAAAAAGCUGGAGAGCAAGAAAGAGGCUUUACUGAUCCUCUCUGCUGAGCUGGACAAAUGUCAGCAGGAACGGGACCAAUACAAGCUGAUGGCAAACCAACUGCGGGAGAGGCACCAAUCCCUGAAGAAGAACUAUCGGGAACUGAUUGAUGGAGAUCCGUCAAUCCCACCUGAGAAAAGAAAACAGGCAAACCUGGCCCAGAUGCUGGUGGAUACCCGGGAGAGGAGCAAAAAGCUGGAGCUGGAGGUGAAGGAGCUGCAGCAGAGACUGGGAGAAGUGCAGGGAGAUAAUAAGCUACUAAGAAUGACCAUCGCUAAGCAGAGGGUUGGGGAUGAGGAGGUUGGAGCUCGCCAUUUUGCACCCCACGAACGUGAAGACCUUGUGCUGCAAUUGGAGAAAGCAAGGGAGCAGAUUGAAAGUUUGGAGCACGACCUCAAGGCCUCGCUGGAUGAGCUGGAUGACGUGAAGCAGGAACGCCUGUUCUACCAGGACAAAACCGAGAGACUGAACCAGGAACUUAACCAUGUUCUAGGUGGUGACGAGAAGAGAAUCAUAGACAUUGAUGCUUUGUGCAUGGAGAACAGGUAUUUACAAGAGAGAUUGAAACAAUUGCAAGAGGAAGUUAAUCUGCAGAAAAGUAACAUCGUCAAAUACAAGAAUGCACUGGAGAAGAGGAAGAAUUCAAAGACCAACAGCAAAUCAAACAGCAGCGCCCUGACAGGGGUGCUCUCAGCGAAGCAAGUUCAGGAGUUAUUAUCGGAGGACCACGGCUGCAGUCUACCUGCAACUCCACAGUCCAUCUCUGAUCUGAAGUCUCUGGCUACAGCCCUGUUAGAAACUAUUCAUGAGAAAAACAUGGUUAUACAGCACCAGAGACAGACUAACAAAAUUCUAGGCACCAGAGUGGCUGAGUUGGAGAAGAAGCUACGGACAUUAGAGGUAUCUGGGCUAUGGAGUCUCCCAGGCCUCAGCUACAAUGUCUCAGUGGGAUUUGGGCGAGGACGGGACACCAUCUCAUUAACCGAUUCAACAGUGCCCACCACACAGAGACCAAAGUCACCGAUGAUGACAUUUACUGACGUUCCUUGCCAUAAACCUCUGACCUAUGAAGCACACAGACAACCAACUGUUGAAAUAUGUUCCAGUGAUUUGGGUAUGUUGGCCAAAAAUGAGGACACACAGCUCUUGGAGAACUCCCAAGAUCCACUUGGUAAUACUUAUGAAAACAUGUAUCUUCAUCCUUUAAUUCCUCUUCUGUGCUCGGAAAAAGGCGAGCUGGAAAAAACAGGAAAGCAGAUUGUUGAACUAACAGCAAAGCUGGAAGCUGUAGAGUUGGAGAACCACCUUGUAGGUUCUGUUGAAGGUCACACUACUGCAGGUGGACAACCUUCCCUUGAUAGUUCGGAGACUCCUCUGUCCAGUCCAGGGCUGGCUGAAGAACUAGAGGUGGAGGUUUUAUCCGCAGCCACACCAGAUGAAACGAUAGAACCUGCAGAUGACAGCUCAGAAAGCAUUGGACUCGAAAAGUACUCGGACAUUAAAGAUGACCUAUCACCAUCCUCCGAUAUAGAUGAAUCUUUAAAAAAUGUUUGCAAUUCAGAAAGUUUUCCCUCUGUGCAUGACUGUGGAUCAUGACUGCCUGCAGUCUCCAAAGAUGUGUUGUGUCUUUGUUAAAACAGAUUUUAUUUUCAAUUAUUAUAAGUUGAAGCAUCAUUCAACAUCUACAGAACACUUCAUCGGGCAGUGCAUUCUCUUUUGUCAUUCGAUGUACGAGGCUGUUUGUUAUUAUUGGUAAAAAAUGGUUAUCUUGUCUCAUUAUGUGUGACUGUAUAUGCCUGUGAAAUAUGUGGCAGUGUAUGUUUAUAGGAUCAGGAGAAAUGCUGUAAGCCUAAAACAGUUCCUUUAGCUAAUGCAGUCUUACUGAUCAGAACUCUGUAGUGAGCACAGCAUUUGCUUCAGUUAAGCAAAUGUUUCCAUGUUGGUGUCAAUAUCAUUUCUGAUCAUCCAAGUUGUUUCUUGUGCAUACAGAUGUUUUACGGGGAUCUAUAUAUUUGAGACAAUAUAGAUAUUUAUUUGCCACUUCUUGGUGUGUUCUUAAUCUUUUGGAUUAUUUUAAUAUAUUAACAUUGUAAUUCUAUGUGCAAAGUAUAAUUAAAGGCUGUAUAGUGCGGUUCAGCAACCUCAUCAUGGGAUGCGGUCAACAUCCCGCUGGACGGGAUCCCGGCGGUCGAAAUACCAACGCCGGAAUCCCGACCGCCACAAUCCCGAUAUGUUCUCCCUCCGUGGAUGUCCACGACACCCAUAGAGGGAGAAUAUAAUAGUGUGCCGAGCGUAGCGAGGCACCGUGCCCGCAGCGUGGCGAGCGAAGCGAGCCCGCAAGGGGCUGCGUUCCGCUCGCCACCCCUGUUGGGAUUGUGUGGUCGGGAUUCCGGCGUCGGUAUUUCGACCGCCGGGAUCCCGUCCAGCGGGAUUACGUACUGAUCCCCUCAUCAUAAGUGUUCUAGCUAAAAUCCUGCUAAGCCCAGUUGCUAUUCCUACAUCUUUCCCCUACUCCUUUAACCGCCAUCUCUCUCCCCUUCUCUACCUCUCUCUCCACCUCUCUAUAUCUCUCUCUCUUUCUCUCCACCUGUCUCCACUUCUUUCUUUCUUUCUUUCUCUUUCUUUCUUUCUUUCUUUCUUUCUUUCUUUCUUUCUUUCUUUCUUUCUUUCUUUCUUUUCUCCCUCUAUCUGUCUAAUUAUAUAGCUAAUAUGUUCUCUUUAAAUAAAAACUCCUCUGUCUCCCAAUGCAUAAA